UCUUACAACCUCAUCACUCACAUUUGUUCUUUUCCUCUCGUGUGUGUAUCUGCUGUCUAAGGCAAAAGUGGUGAACUAAAAGGUUAAGCGAUCACAUGGAGGGGCACUAUCGUAAUUUCCUAGCUACCGCGUCGUCCCCAGAGAUAGUAGAGAUCGGGGAGGAGAGCAGAGGCACAGCCGCCGGCAGAGAUGGUGGAGCUGGAGAUGUAUACGUUGCUGUCGGCAAACACGAUUUACACGUGCUUAAAUGGGCUCUCGAUCACGUGGUCUUGCCGGAGAGUCGUGUUUUCCUCGUGCACGUUUUCUCCCCGAUUGCCUACGUUGCCACACCAGUUGGGAGGCUAUCAAGAAGCCAGCUUAGUAAAGAUCAAUUGCAGGUUUACAUAAGGGAGGAAAGCAAUAAGAGGAGACACCUCUUGGACAAGUACAUUCAACUCUGCAACGAAUCGAAGAUAACUGUGGAUACAAUGCUAGUAGAGAGCAGUGCAUCAGCCAAGGCCAUUUUAGAACUCAUUGGUGUUGCUAACAUCACUCAUCUUGUUAUGGGAACUAAACAAUCUCCCUUCUCAAGGAUAUCGAGAAAGGGGAAGGGUGAAUAUGUAAAGAAAUAUGCACCGGAAUAUUGUGAAGUUAGUGUGGUAUAUGAUGAUGGCAAAAAGAUGAAGGACGAGCAAUCACUACCAAUAAAAAAUGAGGUGUCCAAAUCAUCCAAGAAUGCAUCUAAUCAAAGGCCACAAGUAGCCAAGAAUUAUGAAAGGCACUUCUUUGAGUGUGUGUGCUUUUCUAGAAAAUUCGAUUGAGAAAAGUUUCAUAUUUGUAGUAAUUUCAAAUAUUUUGUCCGUUUAUUAUUGGGAUCUAGAGAAAUAGGAAGGUACUCCCUCCGUCCCAAGGAAGAUGACCCCUUCCUUGGGCGGCACGGGAUUUUAUGCAGUUAA